AUGGAUUCUCUGCAAACAGACCCUCCUUCCGUGCAAGACCUGCUGCACUGCGGCCCCCCCUUUGUCCCGUUUUCCGAGUUCUCGGUCCAAGCCCUUCAUGCGAAAUCGAAUGACGAUGUUUCUCGGUGGAUUGAGAACAAACUUCAUGAUGGCAGGCCAUUUGUCAUACGAGGCUUCUCUCAAACAGACGCAUGGCGGACAGCAAGCUUGAGCAAUGAAAGCCUAGUCAAUCUGUCUGCCUCGGGAGAAUUCGCUCAUGCUGACGGCGCUCUCUUUACUCAGCUAUCUCACUUACCUUGGAGCCUCUAUGCGAAGGAUCUUCCUUGCCCAAAGGAGUGGGUCAAGUCUCUGGACACAAUCCUGCCAUCGUCCUUGAGACAUCUUGGCUCACUCGACCUCUUCCGAGUCUUGCCAAAGGAGACCGCUCCAGAAGUGCUGAUGGCCUAUGUUGGGACUCGUAUGUCUUUUUCUGGGUUUCACAGAUGCUUCAGCGCCACCGUAGCCCUCAAUCUUCUGGUUGAAUCGGAAGGAAUUGGCCCCGGAUCAAUUUGUUUUGGAACAGACAGAAACUCGCAAGAAAAGUACGACGCGUUCAUGGAUGGAUUGGGCAAGUCUGCCCACACCGAUUGGGCCAACGUGUCUAGCAGCAAGCUAAGAUCAGCCGACUUUCCGAUAUAUGUCACAGACCAAGGCCCUGGUGACCUCGUGGUCUUCCCCACUGCCACUGCUCAUCAAGUUUGGAACAUCAGCCCUAUGGUUACCAAAGUGGUCUGGAAUAUCAUGCAUUCUACUUCGGUAACGUCUUUCUUUGACUACGUGCAACCUGCAUAUCAUAAAGACUGCCAUGCAGACACCGGACGCGUUCCUUUGAUUCCAAUGUAUGCGUUGCAAAGUGGUAUAUGCGAGAGAGAAGUUGAACUCCUUCUUCUAGAUGUUUUCCACCAACAAGUCCAUGAUGAAACCACCGGGGGAGAAGCUUUCAGCCAUCCCAGUGGCGUCCCAGACAGCCCGGCCAACGUUGAUCACUCAGCGAAGAGACCUUUACCCAUCAUCAAGACUGUGGAUAUUCAGGGUGCCGUAGUCGAGUGCAAUUUCUGCGGACUUACAAAAUUCUGCCGUUGGAACGAUGUCAAGACAUCAUCAAGGCAGCGAGAAACAGAUUGGGUGUUGGAGCUACUCGAACACCGCGGCUAUCAAGGCAAACAUCACUUGGUGCUGCUGCAGCGGCUGCAAUGGGUGCGCGACAACAAUCGGCAGAGCGGCUUUGUCACCUAUGUCGAGAUAGCCAUCCCUCGUGGAAAGGCAUCAGAUGCAAUCAGUGCUCGGCAUUCUUUUGCUUCCGGGGCCUCUAUCGACAUUUUGACGUUGAGUUGA